UCGAAAUUUUUCAGCACAAAAUGGCGAACCAAAACAGCACGUACCAGCAUCGCGAGUGAAUAGAACGAAAAAGCGCAGUUAAUAAUGGAAAUACCCGCCAAAAAUAUAGUGUCGGACGAAACAUUUUGCAUCUGGAAAGGGUGUAUCGUGAAUAGUGUGAAUCAUUUGCAGCCCUCCAAUUGCUGGAAGCUACAACGUUGUUGUCCCCGAGCUGGUGUUGGUGUUGGUGCGACGGAACAAAAGAAUCAGUGCUUAAGCACCCGUGCUUUCUCGAAGUCGUCGUCCUCGUUGUGGUCGAACAACGAGCAGUCUAUUGUACGCAUAAUCACGCUAAUGCUAUUGAUGCUCCACACUGCGAUGAUGACUAAUGCCGCGCGUUUGAACAUUAAUGCCGUAGCUGUGACGUCGCAUCGUACGGAAUAAUACGGAAGGAGCCAUCCCCAAGCGGACUACGCCAGCGGUGUCGUGUGUGACAGCGCUCUGUACAUAGAAAUCGCUACAUUGCAGACGGCAAGAGGCAGCACGUCCUAGCAGUAGUAGCUGUGUAAAUAUUGAAACCGUGCGCAAUGCUCUCCGAACGCAAAUACUGUUACUGCCACCCGUCGUCGGAGGAAAAGCACGGCGGAGGAUCUGUUUCGACCAUGGCGGGCGAUGUAUUCUGUGAAUGGUCCAAACAACCACCACCACCACCAUCACCACUGCAGCACAAUUGCUCCAUACCAGAUGUGAGCGAAAAGCUGGCCAACCUUAGCAUGGUUGACCGUGAACUUCCCGAAGGUUGUGCUGCUGUCUACGCCACUGCACACAAGCGUCCCAGCAUAUUCGAAAACGCAAUCAGUGCGCUGAGUACCUUGUUCGGUUUGCCGCCCCGUAACGGAACCAAACUAGACAUGGACAUGCCUUCCUCGCAUUGCUUGGCCGAAAAGGAGCAAUAUUUGAAGCAAGCGUUCAUCAUCCCCUCGACACCCUGCAUACCAAUCUUCGAGACGAACAAGAACGGCAAGGGUCAGCUGACAGUGCCGCUGGACUACAGCAGCACCGUGGACGAUAUUUCCAUGACCCCGGCAGGCGUCUACGUGCAGGACAUGGCGAGCAGUGAGUGUAGCACUUUGCGGCCGGGCGGCCGUGGUCCGAAACGACGUAAGGAUUCAUCCAAAGCGAAGCAACAUGCACACGCGGGCAGCGUGGCCAGUGGCAAAGGCUGUGAUAAAAACCGAAAGGGAAAGAAACGGCACGCUCUGCGACGGGACAUAUUGAGCGAUAAUCGAACCUUAUCGUUCGACGAUUGCUACGGUUACGAUUACCGGGAAGCAGCAGUGUCCAGCCUGCCGGUGGACAUACGACACCCGCUGCCCCAACGGUGUCAUUCGGCAGCUUUCAGUCCGGCGUCGACGGGGAGCGUGGGCAGUUUUCAAGAUGCGUUGCAAGACGUUGGUCCGGUGGACCAUAAUGUUGUGCACCAGCUUACGUGUUCCGUGUCACCGAGCUGCAAUCCGCCGCAAAGCAUCCCUGCCAAACAAACGUUAAAUGGUCCUCCUGCCACGGAAACGAUGAACACCACCGUGAUCACCGAGGAUCACCAACAGCAACAGAAAUGUGAUAUGAUGGAGCCUAAGCAGGCUGGAUACGUGGUGUUCACCGAUUACGACGUGUUUACGACCCCGUCGGCCAGUCCGGCCCGCCGACGUCCUCGUAACCUGUGCGACGUGAUUAGCUAUGCGCUGAACCACCAUCGGCCUGUGGAUGAGGACGAAGAUGAGGAACGGCUCGAUCACAGUGAUUACACUAGCGAUGACUUUACCGACGACGAGGGCGAAGUCGACGGGCUUGAAUAUGAUGAUGAUGAUGAUGAUGAUGAUGAUGACGACGACAGUGUCGUUUUCUGCGAAGAUUUCGACGACCUGAACGAUGAUUCUAACUCUUCGUCUGGAAUCGAUGAAAAGAAGGUGCGCUUCAACAUGCAACCGGUGGUGCACGUGAUGCGAGCGUGGGACUUUGCUUACCGGCAGGCACGCAAGGGGGAUUGGGAGAUGGCAGCCAGAGACCGUGAACGAUUCCGGAAGCGGGUCGCCGAUCUAGAACCGGUGCUGGGACCAGCACUACAGUCAACGUUACGUGAUAAAAUUUAUGCCGAACGGUUUAGCGGGCAGGAUAAACACGCGCAAGAGCUUAACUUCGAUGUGCAUUGCAACUAAAAGUUCCGUUGCGUUGUUUAGCAAUAUAUUUAUAUACCUUUGCAUAUACGCGCAUACUUUCUUACCGAUUGUUUGGUUUGCCUUUACCCAUCGUUACACAGGUGUCCCAAAAAAGAAAUUAAAAUAACCAAGAGCGAGAUAUUUUGCACACAUACAGUAGGGCGCAAUUAUGAAGUUUUUGCAAUUAUAUAUUUAUACGUUAUUUUGCUUUAAUUUAAACACAACAUUUAGCUUUGUUUUUAUUCCCUCCCCGUUGUGUGUAGAUAUUGUAAGCGUCAUCAAAUCAUAUUCGCAGUGGGAAUUUUUACUUUAGCCACUUGUCUCUUGAUAUAGGUUGUUGAUAAUUUUAAAACGCCAUUCUGAAGCAUACAAAUAAAGAUCACUCCGCGAUAUAUGGUGGUAAUUAAGGAUGAAAAUAAUCGAAAGCAUUACAUAG